UGUUGAACAGCGCGAUGGAGUCUGCCCGAUGGCGCAGUCAACGUCGGGACCGGCAUCCUAAAAGACCAACCCACGCGGUUUAACCCACCAGUUUGCCAAUCCACCACCCUUUCUCUUCUGACUGGCCUCCCCUCGAGAGAUGUCGCAUCCCCAAUAUAAAUAGCUCCGGAAUCGCACGAACGUUUCCGCGAGGAAGCGUUGGCUCGCGUGCACCAUUUACGGAAGUGCGUGCAAUGUGGGGUAUGUGUCUGUGUGUGUGCGUGCGUGCGUGCGUGCCGCCGGCACGUUGACACCUUGUUCGUCUCGUCGUUCCCCGAGACGAUGGAAUCCGCGAGGAAAGGUGGCGAGACGCGCCGCACCGUGGCGAGGAUGCAGGAACGACACGAGGAUUCCAGAUGCAGAGGAUAGAAUGAAUCGCAGAGAGGACCCGCUGUUACGGCAGCAUCGCAGCCGUCUGCUGCAAUUGGCCGAGGCGACAAACAUCAAACCUGGCCGUGGCAGCGGGAAGAGGCGCGGACAGAGACAGUCGCAUGGUUUUGGGUCCAGUAAUGGCGGACCCAGUCGCGUAACACUCCAGGAUAUCGUCAGGAGUGAUCCUGGAUACACACCGAACAUCGAGCACUUAGUGUUUCCGGAGCGCAAGAGCAGCAAUCCGAAUUUGGCGAGCGUCGUCGAUGGCUCACCGCCAAGCAAGUCCAAGUCAACUAGUACUGGAAGAUCUAGGAUCGCCGAAGUCUUUGCUCGGCACUAUGCAAGAGGAUCCUCACAAGAUUCGUCCGUUACAUCCAGGAAGAAUCAUGUGAACAGCACAUCGUUGGACAGUGGGAGUACAAUAGGUCAUCAGCCGGGGCCGUGCGGGCCCACGGUGGUGACGCGAAGCGUCGGACGCCGCUGGCUGUCGCAAAACUCGCAGUCCGCGAGGCAGCAUUCGGCCGAGGACGGGGUACGUGGGGGCAGUGUGGGCGUCGGAGGGCCCGUUUCGACCUCGUCCUCGAGUCAGGCACCCGGUCAGGCCGCGCCUCCCGCCCUGCCGCCGCGGAGAGUCAGUCCGGCCGCAGAUACAAGCGAGAUCACGAACGCGAGCUCGAUCUCGCGUGUCGACAGGGGCCCGAAUGUGUCGAUCCUCCAUCUCCGCAACGCGUCGGCGGACCCCUGGGAGGUCGGUUCUCAAGGCUCCUCGUACAGCGUCGGCAGCAACAAGAGUCAGACAGGAGGGAGCAGAGGAAAAUCCGGCGGGAACACGCGUGGUUCCUACAGCCGUGGAAGUUCGAUACCAUCCUUGAAACGUCACGAUACAUCUACGUCGACAUCGAGUCUUAAACAGCAGCAGCAACAGCAGCAGCAAAAGCAGCAUCGGCAAGACAGUCAUGGCCACGUCUCUUCUAGUUCUCGUCGACGCGACGCCGCAAACUCUUUUCUGUCAGGCAACAGCGGCACAUCUGGUGAAUUUUUCAUCAGCGGUAACUGCAGUCGCGAACUGUCGCCUGUGCGAUGGUGCGAUCGCGAAGUCGACGGAGUCUAUCUGGGCCGUUCUGGAUGGGUGCAAGUGCAGCAGCGGUCCCUCGAUGAGAAUCGUCGCACGACCUACGAGAGCAAUCUGGUGACCGCAACGACUGGCACACUGCCGUUGUCGCGACGAGCAGCAGUCAAAUUAGCGGACUAUCAUUGCAACAGUGAACCGGGCAAGUGCCCGCAGGACUUUGCUAGGGGACUGGACACGCAGAGACCAGACUUCCUUGCUUUGCACGGCCAGGACUUUGACUCGGUCACGACUAGCGCCUGCACGUCACCGCACAGCAUCCCAGAGUCUUUCUCGCCGCCAUCGAUCACGCCGAUCAUAUCGCCGCCACCGGCGUUCCAGGAUGCUGUUGCCGGUCGAAAAUCGUCCGCGUCCAGACACUCCACUUCUGGGCGCAACAACUAUGGCAGCAAAGCGCCUUUUCUACCGCGAUCAAACGCUAUUGUCGACAGCGACAUUAUCAGCCCGCCACCGUCGCCGCCGCCACACCAGAUUAGCUGGAACUCCUUGCCGUCCGCAUCGAGAAAGAAUUCCACCUCGGUGUCUUCUAGAUCGAAAAGACAGAACACCAGUCAGCAGCAACAACAACAGCAGCAGCAACAGUAUCGCAUGGCGCAGGCGAAAUCUCUGGAGGAUCAGUCAUCCUCCAGAAGAUCGCAAUUUGCACAAAGGUACAUCGAAUCCUCAAGCUCGUCCUCGUCAUCGAUGGGUUUCAGAAGCCUCGAUAGUUGCGUCACCAAGUCCAUCAUGCCCAGCUUAGCGGAGAACACGGAUUCUUCGGUCGAAGAAUAUGAAGACGGUGACGAAGACGACAAUCCCAGCUCAUCCUUAAAUCUCAGCCUGAUGUCGUCAUCGGGUGUCGCGUUGAACUCAUCCACAGAAUCGAUUCGCGCCAAUGGCGAGCGUAUCUCUCCCAACAGGCAAGGGAGAAUCCACAGAAGCCAACAGGGGCUAAGAAGAUCACCAGGAUCUUCCGAGUCUGGAAAGCAAAUGUUUAAUUCGCCUUCCUCGUCGUCCUCCUCAUCUAGUAGCGAAGGACGACAAGGACGAUCACCCACACCUAAUCAUCCCUUCAGACGCGGCAACGCUUCGCGACAGCAUCAGAGCGCCAGAACCAAUCAGGUGUCACCCGAGUCUCAUCAAUCACGGGUCAGAAGAUCUAGGAGUCUCCAAUUGCCCGAGAAGAGAUCGCCAGGAACGGUCGGUCCGCAGAGGGAUCACUCGCGGGAAACGAACGAGGCCCACAGAGUCGUCGUGAAGAUCGUGAAUGACCGAGGAAGUGAGAGGUCUAAGUGUCACAUUCUUCAGAACAGAAAAGCUCAGUCCACUGACGACGCCGUAAACGAGAAUCUUCUCCGUGAAGCGGAAGUGGUGACCGAAUAUCUGUACGGCACGCGAAGUCGCGCCGCUGCGCGAAGCCUGCUGACGAGUCGUGCUUACGAGCGCCGAGACGAGAGCCAGGAACAGAGAAGAGGCAAUUCCAAUACCUAUGACGUCUACAUUAUAUCCUCCAAGCAGCAGCAACAGCAGUCGUCCAAGACACCCAAUUCCUCGCAACAACAGCAGCAGCAGCAGCAACAGCCGCAACAAUUGCAACAGCAACAACAGCAAUCCAGGCGGCCGCGAACACUACAAAGAGGUGCCACGACGCCAAACACGACCGCAUCAACCGCCAAUCAGGAUUUUUGCAUGAGUCCAGACGCGAAACUGCGCUGUAACAGCAGCACAUGUGACUUUUGGCCUCACUGUUCCCAGAGGGAGACUUUAUAUUCGCCGAAUCAAGCGCCACCGUCACUCUAUAUGAAGCUAUCGCAGAGCUACCCGGCGCAUCAGAGGCUCUCCGACACCAGCAGUCACCGAGGUAGCGCCAGCUCGUCACCGGCUUCCCUGGAGCGGAUGGACGAUCGGGAACUUCGCGAAAGGGAGAACUCGAGAAAGGCCAGAAGCAAUCAGCAAAACAAUUCCAAGUAUCAAGAGAGGCCCAAGAGUGUACUUAAACAGUCCAAUAGGUGGUCAGAGGGAACCAACGGAAAUGGAUCAAGCAUGGAGAAGAGAGAGCAGAUGCAUCAUCGAGUGUACCGAAAGCCUGAUUUCCCGGGAUCAUUCGAGCUCGCUGAUAACAAGGAACAUAGAAGAGUGUCGCCCAUCCAAGGAAUGAGUGUCGUCAGCAGAUCGCCCAGCAGUGGGCCGAUUGCUUCCUCGUCGACGACCACCUCGUCGUCAUCCAGCAGCGAUAUUUGGGUUACCACGUCGGAUCGCACGGUGACGAAGAGCCCGCGUAACGCGAAGAGUUCUGGCGCGUCCACACCGAUGGAGGAUGCCGUGAUCGGUUCGCUGAAGACGCUGAUCGAACCACCGAAAGGCGGCAGCCUCUCCAGACCCGGAAGCGCGCCCACCCGCGGUGAGGAUUCUCUCACGGGCGACAUCCUUCUGGAUCCCCAUCAGCGAUCCUUGUCUCUGCCAAAGUCCUUUCUGGCGCAUAACACAGUGGACGGCGGCAAUAAAUCCGGUUUCUGGCAGCGCGGUCAAGAUUCGCAACGUUCGAGCCCGAGUCCCAACAGGCUUCAUCGUACGCACGAAGUGGCCACGUCUCAUACAGCUCCUGUUUCCCCUUUGCACGAUCGCAGAACGAGUGGCUAUGCAGGAAGGGAGAGAAGACGAAUGCCUGGUCUCAGCAAAGCUCAACGACGGAUUAAAGCGUCCAGCACUCCGACGCUCUUGGACAGAGACCAUGUCAGCCAAUGUAGACAAUGGUCUGGCGACGAAGAGGAUGAAGGAACGAGAAGCGGUCACGUGACGACCGAGCAUCCCUUGGCCGAGGCGACGAUUCCUCUGGUCAGCCAUUCCAGACUGCAAGAGCCGUCCUCCGUCCUGAAUGUCAUUAACAUGCCCACCGGCGGCGGAAGUCAGAAUGCAACGCAUCGCACAACCCAAAGCCAGCAAGAGAGCGUGCUGCAGAAAUUCCGUAAGAGCUUCUCGCUGAGGUUUCACAAGAAGGGCAGCAAGGAGAGCAACGAGGAAUGUCCCGUGGAGGACAACGACGGCUCGGGGCCCUUGGAUGAGGAGGAUAGGGAAACGCCUCCCGUGACCUCUUCCUCCGAGCAAAGCAGCCAGCACAAAGACGACUCCACCAAUGACCAGAAAUUCCGAUUCGGACCACUCGUUUGGAGAAGCAGCAAGGAGAAAAAAGGCAAUAAAGCCGCCCGAAACGCGAAAUGUAACAGUGGAGACAGCGGUAUACAAAUCGAGAUGGUAUCUGGUGGAGCAUUGACUGGGGGCAGUAGCGGUGGAAUGAUGGGAGGUGGUGACAGCUCCGAGUCCCAUGACACGGACGAUGUUCCCGAUGACACCGACAGCCCUCCGGCCCUUCGCAGACGAGUCACCGAUAAAUCGCGACCCCAGUCCGAGCUCGUCAACCAGAUACUGAUUGACAAGUUCAAGGCGGACCUGCAAAGCCGCGCGUCGCGGCAUAAUCAUGUGCGCCGCACCAACAGUGAUUUAGGUGGCCAGAGACUGCUUCAAUGGGACACGAGAUCGGGAUACGUUCACAAUUACCGCAGGAUGUUGUCGACUCCGUCGCCGAUCAAGACGAGACCGCCCAGACUCAGUCCAAGACACUCUUCCCAUGAUAUCGUUACGCUCAGAAGUAACGCGAAAGGGAGGAGCUCUCGGACAAAUUUGAGGCGUUCGCUCAGCCAGCCACUGGGAAUCAAUCAGCUCUCGCCGCUGAUGCGCACUAAAACCUCGGGCGCGAGAUUACCCGGUGGCAACGUGCUAUCCGAGGACGAGCAGGAUGGUAGAGCCGGCACGUCCGACGACGAGAUGAUGUCCGACUCUGAAUCCUCGAUCGCUUCCUUGACGGACAAGAAGAAGUCAUUCGAGCAAACGAUGGACGAGGAAGUCGUCAUACUAGCUGAGGCUGUUUGGGACCACGUGGCGAUGGAACCGGAGGAGCUGGCCUUUCGCGCCGGAGACGUGAUCGACGUUCUUGAUACGCUGGACAAGGAUUGGUGGUGGGGCAGCUGCAGGGGUGAGCACGGAUGGUUUCCAGCUGCUUUCGUCAGGUUGCGAGUGAGCCAAGAGGAUACGGUGGAGGACUGCCUAGCCGCAAUGGCAUCGGGAGGAUCCUCGGGUACUCAGCUGAGGAGACGAACGAGCAUCUCUCUGCUUUCGAACGAGCAAGUGCGAACCAGCGUGGUCCGCGAACUCGUGCAGACAGAACGCGAUUUUGUAAAGGUGUUGCGCGACGUGGCCGAGGGCUACAUCGCGGAAUGUCGCCGGCGCACGGAUAUGUUCACCGAGGAUCAGAUUGAGACAAUUUUCAUCAAUCUCGAGCAGCUCCUAGACUUUCAAUCCGAGUUUCUGAAGGAUCUCGAGGCCUGCAUCGACUGGAACGCGCUACACAAGAGCUGCGUCGGCGAGUGCUUCCUCAAUCAUAGAGCGGGUUUUCGCAUGUACUCCGAGUAUUGCAACAGUCACCCAAUGGCCACGGUGACGCUGCAGGAGCUCUACCAGCACAAUCGUUACAGCAAGUUCUUCGAGGCGUGUCGACUGAUGAGAGGCCUCAUAGAGAUCCCCUUGGAUGGAUAUCUGCUGACGCCCGUCCAACGGAUAUGCAAAUACCCUCUUCAAUUGGCGGAGCUGCUCAAGUACACGAAAACCGAUCACCCGGAUUAUCACAAGAUUCAGGAAGCCUUGGAGGCGAUGAGGGGCGUCGCGGUACUGAUUAACGAGAGGAAGAGGCGAAUGGAGAGCCUGGAGAAGUUGGCCGCGUGGCAGAUGCGCGUAGAAGGCUGGGAGGGUGAGGAUCUCAUAGAAUUUUCGUCGCAACUGAUUUAUCAAGGUGACGCGAUGAGAGUUACGACCGGCAUGUGGACGAACAACAUCACGCUGUUUCUUUUCGAUCAUCAACUGGUGUACUGCAAGAAGGACAUUCUCAAACGCAACACUUACGUCUACAAAGGCCGCAUCUAUCUCGACACUAGCGAGGUGAUUGACGUGCCCGAUGGAAAAGAUCAUCAAUCGGGGGUAACAGUGAGGCACUGUCUAAAAGUGUACAGCUGUGUUCGCGACAAAUGGUUACUCUUCUGCUGCCGUACUGCGGAAGAAAAGCGACGGUGGCUAGCGGCGAUGGCCGAGGAACGAAGACUGGUGGCUCAGGACAGGAACGACGGAUUAGAGUUUCCGACUGCGGCCAGACAGCUCGCCAGGCUCGCUGCUAGCAGGCAGCAGUACAGACCGCCGAUUAAACCUCGAAAUAAAACGUACAAGAGAGAAUCGACGUACGAAAUGCCGACAAUGGUCGCACAAGGUACCACCAACUCGCUGGGACGGAAAGUCGGCACGUGGUUCAUGUUCGGUAGCAGCAAAAAGAGCACGCGGCUUCAACCGUCCUGAGACAGGCCUACCUUUGUACCGUAUAUUGACUUGUAAGGCUACGGCUAACGGUGCCGUAACGUCUUGCCGGGAUCCUGGUGCGAGGUAUCUCGAUUACUUGUUGCAACAUGCAAAUCUUUCUGACAUGACUUGAUUCAAGCAUUCAAGAAAAUCGCCUAGACAUUCUAUCAGAAUAAUGUUGACUCAUUCUUGGCAUUGAAUAUUAUUCACGACGAUUAUCCAGGAUACUCCCAGCAUCAAGACGAUCCAUAACGGCGCCUCGUCACGUGUACGGUACGAAGGUAUCUUCUAGAUUCUAAUGCGCAAGUAAAUGUCGCCUCACAAAGUAUACCUCUUCUAAGAUAGGAAUUAUGAUCAUCCUGUUCCACCAGUAGAGAAUCCGCGCGGCGAUUCGGAAACGGGAGGAACUCGAACGCGACCUUCCAUUCACUGCCUUCCUCGCGGAAACAGGCGUUUCUCUCCAUCAAAUGGACGCUGUCGUCCAGACUCAGAUUCAGAUUCGAUUGUCGCGCGAAAAUGCAGGCGCGACAAACCAAUUUUUCGAUCAUUAUUGGCACGAGUUCAUUAUGUUACUAAUAUCCCGUCUUCGAGAAACUUGGGACUACCAUUUCGAAGAAGAAAUUUGACAGAUGCGUGAUCGAUCUUGUAGAUGGGCAAACAUACCGCCGCUUAGGCGUCACAUAUGCCGUUAACAAUAUCACAAUAAACAUGAGGAUAGAUUAGAAGUAGACAGAUCUAGAAGUAGAUAGUAAAUGUAUAAAGUCAAUAAUGGGCUUCUGCGGUACUAAAGAGAAAGUAUACUAGUCACUCUUAUCAUGAAUUCAUGAAACGGAUUCGUAAACGCCGAUGAACCAUGUCAUAUGUAUUGUUACGAACGCUUUUUGGAUCAGAGCAGCUGGCUGGAUAAGUCACACGGCUGUACAUUUUUUAAGAUAAUUGAAAGACUGACGAGCGAAAUGCUUCCUCGGGAGGGAACCGAUUGUAAUCUUGAGAGAGAAAUGCGACGGGAUCGAUCAGGAAAUUUCGAAACUGAAUAAACUUCCGUUUUCGUGUCGUUAAAAACCGCUUGACUGUUUCUCGAGUUUUGUAGAUUAUUUCACGUAUCACACAAAUGCAACGAGAACCAAUAUAGUUUGCGUAAUAAUCACACGUGCGGUUUUACAAGUAUCGGCAGAUUUGAUCCACACGAUUCCGCAUACCACUUUUCUCAACGAAAACGUAAAUAUACUUCGUAGGCGAGCUAUACAAGGUAACUCUUACUGCCUAUAAUGUUCGUUAUUUCGCAUAAAACUUAAUAAUCGUAAUAUUCGUAGUAGUUUGUAGGAGAUUGCAAUCGGCGGAGAGAUCGGGAAGCGAAAAGGAGAGAAGAGUUUACGUUUCCACGAAACGCUGCACAGCCGCGGUAUUAAAUAUACGGAUGAAAUGAGAAAAUGAUUAAGCAAGAAUGUGUGCAAGUACUCGCAUAUCAUGCUUCUUUAUUCGAUCGUGAUACGAAACGACAAGCUUUUAGUAAAACAAAAGAAGAGGGGGAGAGUGAACGAUUAAGCAAAUAAGUGAGAGAAACAAUAAGUAAAUGAGUAAGUGAGUGAGUGAGUGAGAAAAGAGAAAAAGAAGAGGAUCUUUGAAGUUUUUCUACUCUUGUAUGGAAAAAUACACGAGAGUUUGAUAACGAGAGAAAAGCCAAUCAGACGAGAAAAAGUUUCUGUGUUUUGUACGUUAAAACUAUGCGCAUCUAUUGUCUUAUCCUUGCCAAAAUGUUUGAUCUUGCAGUCUUUCUUACAACUCAAUCACGGAUCCUGAAAGUUUCCAACACUGCCAAUAAGUUUAAUGGUAUACGUCUUCGUUAGAAUUGUUUGACAUUCCAAUAAAACAAAAAUUCGUACGAGGGACAAACACGAUAUUUUCGUCUAGGUCUUGUCAACAUUUAUGUAUCUAGGAGUGUAGCGUAAUUUCGGACAAGGAGAUAUUUACGUUUUGUGUAACGUAUGGAAAGCUAUAUUCUUUGCUUAUUGACAUUGUUAUAUUCUUUGCUUAUUGAUAUUAUCCCCCUGACAGCGUAAUUUACUACACAUACGACGAGACAAUAUAACGAUAAAAGAAUGGAUCAAGAUUCCUAAGUACUGUACAGAAAGAUUAAUAGUCUGUUGGUGUUUAGAUUUAGGAGAGACCCGAUUCAUUGCUGGACUCAGCUGAUUUCAGAGUUAUUUUUAUAGAAAAGACAACUCAUUGGUUCGAAUGUGAUUUUUCUCACAGCAUCUACAUUAGCUGUUAUAUAUGCGACUGCUUCAGUGGCCAACUUAGUUAUAAGUAAAACACUCACACACACGUAUACACAGGCAUCUCGUUUAAAUAUGAGUAGUGCGGGUACACGACACAAAGGUCCAAAAGACAUUCUCCCCGACAUUCGAAGAACUGUGUCUUCUGAAUGUUUCCACGUGGGCGUCUAUCGUUCGUACUGUAUCGCUAGGUGCGUUACCGCAUAAGGCACGAUUAAACGCGACAGCUUUUCCACGCUCAUGUACUCGUAGUUUACGAUAAAGUAAGCGGAAUACGUGAAAGUUCGUACCUCGCGCGAGCUAUCACGUAUCAGCAACGACAUAUCUCGCGUAAUAGACACGCACCGAUUAAUUCAUGCUUCGAGGAGGAUACUUCAGCCGAUGAAAAUACUCUGUUACUUUUGAAAAAAAAAAAACUAUCUCAGAAAGGAAAUGCGCUUUCAAGCAAUAAGUAUUACUAAGCGUUAUCGUAACGAUAAUUUAAAUUGUCGCGUGAGACGCGUUGACACAUGUACAUUCUCCUUCAAAUUUGAUAUCGAGAACCAUUUGUACGUGUGCACGUGUGCAUGCAUGUGCGCAUCUUUGACGAUGUAGAAAGUAAAGCUCGUUUCUUUCGUGGCAAUCUCACCACGAGAUACCUUGGAAGCAAGGAAGAAAGAUACAAGUAACACACGUAUCGCUUUGUUUCUCUGUACAUAAGUGAAUGUAUUUUGUAAAUGUAAAUAUCUACUCUUUAGAGGAGACACACAACUCAAUACGUUACGUAGCAUUAAAACAGCGAAUCCUAUCAUUAAGCAAUAUGUCUGUUUGGUAAAUUACGGUAAAUUAUUAAUUGAGCCGUAAUAUUGUUUUGUACAUUUGUAUAUCUCUAAUUUAAUGAUUUUGCCGAGACGGAUCAUCAUCGAGAGAUCUGAUGGUCCAUGUAUUAUAAAGAAUUAUUGUUUACAAUAUGUACAAUAAAAUGUUACACGAUA